AUGGAGCAAAAUCCCAUCUUCACCAACGAUAUGAGCUAUUUUGAUGUAAGUAAAGGCACUGCUACAUCAAAGAAAGGAUCCGCAGAAUUAGAAAGCUUGAAACAAUCCGUUAAGGCAGUAACAUCAGGGACUACAAGUGCUAGAGAAAAUGCAACAAAGCAAACGCUACCAUCGAGAAAAUCUUCCUCAUCCCAACAGUUGAAUCAGUAA